CUCUUGGGUGUGAAUGGUGUAACCCAAACCUUGUCAGGUUUGCGCUGUUGCUUGAGUUCCUCUGCCUGCUGAAACAAACGUGCCCUUCUGGUACAUUUAUCUAUGUCGGUUCGGCCUCAAAUGCUGUGUGCAGUUUUGGGCACCAUGAGGAUGGUGAAGGGCUUUGGGGGGAAGCCAUGUGAGGAGCAGCUGAGGUCACUUGGUCUGUUCGUCCUGGAGAAGAUGAACAAACCAAGAUGAAAAGAGGUUAAGGGGAGACCUCAUUGUGGUCUUCAACAUCCUUGUGAGGGGAAGAAGAGGGGCAGGCAUUGAUCUCUGUGGUGACCAGUGACAGGACCCAAGGGAACGGCCUGAAGCUGUGUCAGGGGAGGUCGAGGUUGAAUAUUAGGAAAAGCUUCACCCACAGGGUGGUUGGGCCCUGGAACAGGCUCCCCAGGGAAGUGGUCACAGCACCAACCCACAAAGAGCUCGAGAAGCAUUUGGGCAACAUUGCUAGGUACAUGGUGGCUCUUGGAGGUGGUCAUGUGCAGGGCUGGGAGUUGGAUUAGAGAUGAUCCUUCCAACUCAGAAUAUUAUGUGAUUUUGAAGGAAUGGUGCCUUGUAAAGGAAAUGGGCAUUUAGAGUAAUCAGUGGGGACAAUUACUAAAUGAGCAGCCCCCCUCUUGACCUCAGUGAGCGAGAUCCCUGUGGGUGAGCUGUCCUGUACCACAGCAGGACCUUCUCUUGGACAGGGUUUUCGCCCACCUGCAUGGUGACAGUCCCUGGCUGCCCACAGACCUGCUUUGCGCAACAGUGCUCUGACACUGAGGGCUGAUCUUGGCUUCAUCAUCAACUUUCAUGUCAUUUGGUUUCAUAUUUGUACAUCAACCUUCAGUAGCAGAAGUCAGAUAAUGUUGGAAGCUGUGUAUUCCAGCUUCGUAUAACAGUUCACACAGGAAUUGAAAUUGCCUUGAAGAGACUUGACAUGUUGGACUCUUGAGAGACUGAGUGUUUGGACUGCAAGAACCUUGAUAGGUUUCAGUUUAAAAGAAGAAACUAAGAGCACAAAAAAGGAGUGAAGAAAAUGCACAGGUCAGAAGAUGGACAAGGGGGAUAGAGGAGAAAUGAAGAGAAAAUGGCAAGAAAGACUGAAGAAAGUGGAAGAACUAGCAUCUCACUAUGAAAGACAUCCCCUUCCUACAGUUUAUAGACCAAGACUGUCCAAACCCUCUAUGCCGUCCUCCGUUUGGAAAAUAUUUUCUCGACAGGCUGAAGCUUUUAAUUAUGUAAAAACCUGCAAAGAGGAUGUUCAUGUGUUUGCUUUGGAAAAGAACACACAGAGUGGACAGAGGUUUUACCUUGUGACAACAUAUCAAGAGCUUUGGUUUUAUUACACUCAAGGUUGCAAAACAAGUCUUAUGCAUUGCUAUGAAGUAAUUCCUGAAAAAGAUGCUUGCAAACUUUAUUUUGAUUUGGAAUUUUACAAACCAGCAAAUCCUGAUGCAGAUGGCAAGAGUAUGGUCAUGAAGUUAAUUGAGCUUGUCAGCCAAAAAUUAAAAGAAUUUUAUGAUGUAAAUUGUUCAUCAAAAGAUGUCUUGAACUUGGAUUCCAGUACUGAUGAAAAAUUUAGUCGUCAUUUAAUUUUUCUACCCCAAAAGACUGUAUUUAAGGAUAACACUCAUAUUGGUAACUUUGUGAGAACCAUUUUGCAGCCUGCCAUAAGAUUAAUGCAGAGUAGGGCUGCUGUGAUUCCAACAGAAGAAGCAGGGAAUGUUUUCCAGUGUUCUGCAGGAGCUGGAUUAGAUGGUUCUCUUACAAACCUCACAGCUGUUGAAGAUGAUUCUAAAGACAUGCCAGCCAUUGCUCAUAAAACAAAGGAUAUGGGAAUGCCACACCAGGGAGAAAAUUUGGAUUUUUCCUUCCUAAUAGUCAACAAUAAAGAAGGCAACAAGCAGCUUUUUGUGGAUCUAGGAGUUUAUACAAAGAAUAGAAAUUUCCGGAUGUAUAAGUCAUCAAAAGCAGGAAAAAAUGUGAUUCUGAAGAUAGCAGAGGAUAAUAAGUUUAUCCCCAACUGUGAAAAGGAUGUUUCCUUGGAAGAAGCAUAUUUUCUUUCCUCUUUAAUCUGCAACACUGGAGCGAGUGAUGACAUAAAAGUUCUGUCAUCUGGCUUUUCAGAGGAGGAGAGAAAAAUGUCUGCUUUUUUAAACAGUAAAUCUACCAGAAGCAGCAGAGAUCCCAUGGAAGGUUACCAGGGUUCGCCAUACCCAGAAAUUGAUAAUUUUGUUCGUUCCUUGGUUAAUAAAGAUGGGGUACAAGGAGGGAUAAGACAAUGGAGUUACUUCUCUCUCAAAGAACUACUUAUUUAUGAUAUUUCUGGUUACCGUUGGUGUGAAAAUAUUGGAAGAGCUCACAAAAGUAACAAUAUAAUGAUUCUGGUAGAUCUAAAGAAUGAAGUCUGGUAUCAAAAGUGCCACGAUCCUGUCUGCAGAGAACAAAACUUCAAAUCACAAAGUUUCCCAUUGCCGCCUGGGAUAUGCCUCCCAUCUCUUUUCAAAGAGGAAGAAGAGUCCACGCUAAUGGAUGACAGGGGGCACACAGAAGGAAAAGUACAUCCACAUUCUAAUGUGUCAGACUUGUCAAAAUGCUCAGAAUCUCCAGAGAACAGCUGGUCUCAAGACUUCCUGUUGUCAGACAGUGAGUGGGAAAACACAAAUGACGAUGCCUGUUUCCUAGAAGCUGCUGAAGAUGUGGAACUAGCUGAAGCUGCAGAUGACAGUCUGAAUUAUGCCAUGGAAGAAAUCCCAGAUGAAGUUCUUUUGGAAGCUUUAAGGAAAGAAGACCUCUACACUAAAGAAGGGAGCUAAGCACAGGCCUGGCCAGCAGUGAAUGACACUUAUGUGAAAAAGGUCAUGCAUGACACAGCGCAUGCUGUGUGAAAGGUCCUGCGGGGUGGUUCACAAGCACCACUCCAGAGCUGCAGGACAAAGAAUGGAGUGCCUGGGUGAACUUCAGCGGGCAGGAGGAGAUAUGGAAGGUUAUGUGGGGGCUGAAGAUUACUGGACUAAAAUAUUCAUUAUGAAUGCUGCUCCAAGCUUAGCACUUUUAAUGCUCUUUGCUGUACAGUUUCUGUUUUGUUAGUUGUAUGUCCAAGUUUUAUUGAGAAGCCAACAAAACAGACUUAUUUCUAGAAACAAGAUUAAAUAAUUUAUUUCAAAUGCAAAUUUAAUAAAAAUAUUUGUUUAUUCA